AUGGGACCCCAAAGCAGCUUGGCACUGGCUCUUCUCUGCUGGGCAGUGGGCGAGGUGGCCUCUUACACACCCUGGGAUUUCUCUUGGAGCGAGCCGGCCAGCCACAGGUCAAGGGCUGACCCUUAUGCCUGGUCAUGGAUGGACGAGACGCAGUCACGGUCCGCCUCUGAGAGGCGUCCCGUGAUGGUGCAGUGCCAGGAGGCUCAGAUGGUGGUGACGGUGCACAGGGACCUCUUCGGCACCGGGCGCCUCAUCAAUGUUGCAGACCUCACGCUGGGCCCAGCUGCCUGCAAGCACUCCUCGCUCAACGCUGCCCAGAACACCGUGACCUUCGCCGCCGGUCUCCACGAGUGUGGCAGCAUCGUGCAGGUAACUCCUGACUCCCUCAUCUACCGCACGCUCAUCAACUAUGACCCCAGCCCAGCCAGCAACCCAGUCAUCAUCCGGACCAACCCAGCAGUGAUUCCCAUUGAGUGCAUCUAUCCCAGGAGAGAGAACGUGAGCAGCAAUGCCAUCAAGCCCACAUGGGCUCCCUUCAGCUCCACCCUGUCUGCGGAGGAGAGGCUGGUGUUCUCCCUGCGCCUCAUGAAUGAGGACUGGAGUGCAGAGAGACCCUUUACUGGUUUCCAGCUGGGUGACAUCCUAAACAUCCAAGCAGAGGUCAGCACUGAGAACCACGUGCCUCUGAGGCUGUUUGUGGAUAGUUGUAUUGCUGCCCUGAGCCCAGAGAGUGACUCCUCUCCUCACUACUCCAUUAUCGAUUUCAACGGAUGCCUGGUAGAUGGGAGGUCAGAUGAUACCAGCUCGGCCUUCAUAACCCCACGGCCCAGGGAGGACAUGCUUCGGUUCAGGAUCGACGUGUUCAGGUUUGCAGGGGACACUAGGAACUUGAUCUACAUCACCUGCCACCUGAAGGUCACCCCAGCUGAUCAAGCCCCUGACUCCUUGAACAAGGCCUGCUCCUUCAACAAAGCCAGAAACAUCUGGGCACCUGUGGAAGGCACUAGGGACAUCUGCAGCUGUUGUGAGACUGGGAACUGUGAGCCACUAGCACUGUCCAGGAGGCUCAACCACCUGGACAGAUGGUCCAGCCGCCGCUUCCGGAGAGAUGCACCCUCUGCCAGUGAAGCUGACGUUGUUAUUGGACCGGUGUUCCUCACUGCAGACCUGGGUGCAAUGGGUCCCUCAGGAGAGUGGAAGGAAGGAGGACAGGGUAAGUCCCCCACCAUGCCUGGCAUAGGCAUGGGGCUGAUCUUCAUGGCAGCAGCUGUCGCGCUGGCUGUCGUUGCUCUGGCUGUUGUCGUCAUGCGCAGGAAGUGCACCCGCUCCUCUACCACGCUGUGA